UAUAUUAUACUUCGACCAGUGCGUAGUUUCAGUGCGUAGUUUCUUGUGGUUCGUAUCAGCUACGAGUUUCAAUAUGUGAUACUCCAUUCUUAAAAAUAGACCAAUAGGAUUCUGUUUAAAAUUUCGCCCCAUAUUCGUAUAUCUGCUUCAUAUAUCUAUAAAUAUGAGUUCGAUCAAAAUUGUACUAAUUACGUCAAAAGAGAUAUGUGGAAGUGACACUUUAAAGAAGAUAAUAUCAAUUGAUCAUGUGUUUUGAAGGCGACAUAAUUUGCUUAACGUUUUCAUAGUGGAGAACGCCAAUAUGAAACCACUUAAUGUUUUCAAGUUCGCACACCGAUCAAGUGUAGCCCAUGUCGCAUGUCUACUCGAUCGCUCAGUGCGAGAUCCCAGUUGUCACAAGUCCAUUGCGACAGAAAGAUGCCGUCGCUGAACAAUUUUCAUAUUGAGUUCGAUCAGCCGAGCAGCCAUAUUUACAAACCUGGCGAAAUUGUUAGCGGUUACGUUAUUAUCGGUUUGGCAAAGGAAAAAUUAGCCGAAGCACUAAAAUUAACGGCUAAAGGAGAAGCUAAGGUCAGCUGGGAUGAGACAUCGAGCACAACAGAUAGUGACGGAAAUUCUACCACUACUACUUAUAGUGGAACUGAGCUUUAUUUUAGUGUGAACAUUUUGCUGUUAGAAAGCUCGGACGAUGGAAAAGUGCAUCUUCCUGCAGGAUUGAGUAGAUAUCCCUUUUGUAUCCAAUUACCUCACAACAUACCAUGCAAUUUCGAAGAUCGUGUUGGUCAUGUUAGAUAUACGAUCCACGCAAUCAUUGUUAGACCAUGGCGAUUCAAUCAUAAAUGUAAAGUUGCAUUAACCAUAAAUACGCCUUAUGACUUAAACAUUCGUCGGGAGCAGUGUAUCGGCAUAUCCGAAGAAAUAAGUGAAACUUUCUCUUGCUGCUGCUGUCUCAGUAGUGAUACAGUAAACGCACAUAUUAAAGUACCAAUGACAGGAUUCGUUCCGGGACAAUGGCUCGAGGUAUUCUUCGAAUUAAAGGAUACUGCAGUCAUCGCUGCAUUGCAGAAAAUCUGCGUUAAAUUACAAAAAGCCCUCGAAUAUCGCGCAAAUGUGUCGAGAAAACGCGUUCGGACAACUGUGGCAUCUGUGCAUAAACAAAUGCAAUCGGAUAAACUCACUGAUUUUACGUUACGCAUACUUGUUCCAUCGACACCAUCUUCGGAAUUGGAAUUCUGUAAUAUAAUUAAUCUAAAAUAUAUUCUGCGUAUCGGCUUUCACAGUUCAAAAACGUAUCCCAAGAUCGUCAGAGAGUAUCCAAUUUUAAUUGGAACAAUACCACUGCAGUCUUUACUAUUGACUCCUGCAAUUUCGGCUUCUCCACCUAUACUUCAGUAUACAUCAAACGAAGAAGUGACUGCAGAAUCUAAUAUAGCAUCAGCUCCUCCAUUGUAUGAAGAAUGCUACAUGAAGCGUUAAGUAUCAAAACUUUACAGGAAUUUUUCUACUUAUGGGCAUGGUACAAAUGAAUCCUUUGCACCAAAAUAUCCAGUCUUCAAAUUUGCACGUAAGACAAUUAUAUUAAGUCAAUUACACGAUUUUUAUCAGCUACAAUAGUGUAAACUCGGUAUAUACGCCGCGCGAGGAUUUACGUCAGAAAAAAUAGAAGAAGUGAAACUAAUUUUCUCGCAACCACUCUGUUA